AUGUCCGCUCAACAGCACUCAGCCUUUGGUGCAGCGGAAUACAUCCCGCCCGACCCCAUCUUUGAAGUGACCAAGCGUUUCAACGCCGACCAGAGCCCUCAGAAGGUGAACCUUGGACAAGGCACAUAUCGAGAUGAGAACGCUAAGCCUUGGGUUCUUCCGUCGGUGAGGGAGGCUGAGAAGCUGAUCGGCAAUGCUGGCCAUGAGUAUUUACCUAUUGAGGGUUUGCAGAGCUUCAGAGAUGAGGCUACCAAGUUGUUGUUCCAUGAUACUUCUGCACUCAAAGAGAACAGAAUUGCGAGUUGUCAAUCCAUUUCCGGAACUGGAUCUCUCCUUCUAGCCGGUCUUGUUCUUCGCAAGGCCAACUCAGGCAUUGAGAACAUCAUCAUCACAGAUCCAACCUGGUCAAAUCACGACCUUCUAUUUAAAGAAAUCGGCUUCAACGUAGUAAAAGCGCCCUACUACAAAGAUCGAAGCUUUGACUUUGAAGGUUAUAUCGGCGCCCUGAAGAAAGCCGAUAAGCGUUCUGCUGUUGUUCUCCACGCAUGCGCUCAUAACCCAACGGGCUGCGAUCCAACUCGUGACCAAUGGAAACAAAUAGGAGCUGUGAUCCAAGAGAACGGAAUCUUCCCAAUCAUUGAUUCAGCGUAUCUUGGCUUCAACUCAGGUAACUACGAUGAAGAUGCAUGGGCGAUCAAGUACAUCAUCGAAGAUCUCGGUCUCGAAGCCGCGAUAUGUAUGUCCUUCGCCAAGAACAUGGGUCUCUACGGAGAAAGAGUUGGUCUUACAGCGAUCGUGACAAAGUCUGAGGACGCUAAGCGAACGGUGUUCUCACUGCUCCAGAAUGCUCAACGACAGACUGUCUCAAAUCCUCCGGUCUACGGAGCGAGAAUCGCAGCUACUGUUCUUGGAAACGACGAGCUCUUGAAACAGUGGCACCAGGACCUUAUUACCAUGUCCUCAAGAAUCAGGUCGAUGAGGAAAAAGCUGUAUGACGAGCUUGUGCGGUUGGGAACCCCGGGAGAUUGGUCGCAUAUUGUUAACCAAACUGGCAUGUUCGGCUACACUGGUAUCAACAAGUCUCAAAUUGAACAUUUGGAGGGGCAAUAUCACAUCUACAUGGCAAAUACGUCAAGGAUAAGUCUUGCAGGACUGAAUGAUCACAACGUUGAGUAUGUGGCGAAAUCGUUAGAUGUGGUGGUUCGGAACGUGCAGUAA